GGAAAGGCUUGCUUCCCCUCCCAAGUGCUCCAGCUAGCUCCCUCCUCUCUGGCCAGGAUUCCUCCAAAUUAAAAAAAAAUGAGACACUGGAGGGGAGGAAAACAAGUCCACUCACUGUCUUUCCCUUCUCCCAUCUGAGCUGUUGAAGCAAGUUCCCAGGAGCUGCCCAGAGCCCUUGUUUGACUGGAAGGGAGGUAGGAGGAGUGGAAUGUGUGCAGAACCCGAGCUGAUCAAAAGACAGUGCUGUUUUGUGGAAGCCUCCCAGAACUGAGAGCGGGAGAGAAGGGGGGUGGAGGGGGAGAGGAGAGAGGAGACAGAGGGAGAGAGAGAGAGAGAGCGAGUGAGAGAGAGCGAGCAAGCGCGAGCACAGGAGCAUGCUGGCUGGCGAGAACAGGGUCUCCAUGACAACUGGCCUGGCCAGCUAGAAGUGCUCUGCUCAUUUGGCUGGAAGGAACUCCACGAAAGGUCAGAGGAAGGAGCUGUGGGAAGCUCGCAGCAGGUAUCGGAGCUUAAGCGAGUGGAUUUUGGGGCCCUGGGCUCCCUUACAGACUGUGGUGUGAGCCAAACUCUGCCGAGAAUGGAGUGGGCAGGAAAGCACCGGGACUUUCAGGGUUCUGGGUUUGCAGAGAGCAGAAAUGACCAUGACUGCCAACAAGAAUUCCAGCAUCACCCAUGGAGCUGGAGGCACUAAGGCCCCUCGGGGGACUCUGAGCAGGUCUCAGUCAGUCUCUCCACCUCCAGUUCUCUCCCCACCGAGGAGUCCCAUCUACCCGCUCAGUGAUAGUGAAACGUCAGCCUGCAGGUACCCAAGCCGCUCCAGCUCCCGGUUGCUCCUCAAGGACUGGCACCCCCGUGAUCUUUCACCCCCAAAUCCUCAAGCUCCCUCCCCAGACACUUCACCACCCAUCUGUCCCCUCAAGGCCACCAACUUCAGUUAUUUGGACAGAAGCCCUUCAGUGUGCAAGAGAGAGGACCAGAAGGAGAACGUCCAAGGGGUAGCCCAGGAUGUAGAGGGAGUAGCUGCUUGCCUCCCCCUUGCCCAGAGCACCCCAUCCCUAGGGCCAACAGCUGGCCCACGGAGCUUCUUUUUGAACCGCACUGGCACCCGUGCCCACAGCCUGGGCAUCCGGGAGAAGAUUUCAGCAUGGGAGGGGCGCCGAGAGGCUUCGCCCAGGAUGAGCAUGUGCGGGGAGAAGCGGGAGGGCUCUGGGGGCGAAUGGGCGCUCAGUGAGGGCUGUCCCAGCGUGGCGCCAUCCCCCUGCAGCUCAGAAAAAGCCUUCGAUUUCAAGGGCCUCCGGAGGAUGAGCAGGACCUUCUCAGAGUGCUCCUACCCUGAGACCGAGGAGGAAGGAGAGGCGCUCCCUGUCCGGGACUCUUUCUAUCGGCCAGAGAGACGGGCGGGCCGGAGUGAGCCCAGCGCCUUCCUCAGGGGGCAUGGCAGCAGGAGAGAGAGCUCAGCAGUGCUGAGUCGGAUCCAGAAAAUUGAACAGGCCCUGAAGGAGCAGCCAGGCCGGGGACUCCCCCAGCUCCCCAGCAGCUGCUACAGUGUAGACCGAGGGAGAAGGAAGACUGGGACCUUGGGCACCUUGGAGGAACCAACAGGGAGCACGAGUGUGAGCACUGGCAGCCGGGCAGGAGUGGCUGGAGUUGGGGGGGAGGCAGGCCCACCCCUGGAGAGGGAAGGCAGUGGCUCCACUAAGCCAGGGACCCCUGGAAAUAGCCCGAGCUCCCAGCUGCUGCCAUCAAAGAGCUCCCCUGAUCCCGCUGUGAACCCUGUCCCCAAACCCAAGCGCACCUUUGAAUAUGAGGCUGACAAGAACCCCAAGAAUAAGCCAAGCAAUGGUCUACCUCCUUCGCCCACACCUGCUGCUCCACCCCCCCUGCCCUCCACCCCAGCCCCACCAGUCACCCGGAGACCCAAGAAGGACAUGCGUGGUCACCGCAAGUCCCAGAGCAGAAAAUCCUUUGAGUUUGAGGAUGCAUCCAGUCUCCAGUCCCUGUACCCCUCUUCUCCAACUGAGAAUGGUACUGAGAGCCAACCCAAGUUUGGAUCCAAAAGCACUUUAGAAGAGAAUGCCUAUGAAGAUAUUGUGGGAGAUCUGCCCAAGGAGAAUCCUUAUGAGGAUGUGGACUUAAAGAGCCGAAGAGCAGGACGAAAAUCCCAGCAACUGUCUGAAAACUCCUUGGACUCUUUGCACAGGAUGUGGGGUCCUCAGGACAGGAAGUACAACAACCCACCCACUCAGCUCUCCUUGAAACCCAGCAGCCAGUCCCUGCGCAGUGGGCACUGGUCAGAGAGGAAGAGCCACCGGCUGCCACGAUUACCCAAGAGGCACAGCCAUGACGACAUGCUGCUGCUGGCUCAGCUGAGCCUGCCGUCUUCACCCUCCAGCCUCAACGAGGACAGCCUCAGCACCACCAGUGAGCUGCUGUCCAGCCGCAGGGCCCGCCGCAUUCCUAAGCUUGUCCAAAGAAUUAACUCCAUCUAUAAUGCCAAGAGGGGAAAGAAGAGAUUAAAAAAACUGUCAAUGUCCAGCAUUGAGACAGCAUCACUGAGAGCCCACACGCAGCGCCUGGUCCACAUCCAGUCCAUGCUGAAGCGUGCACCCAGCUAUCGGACUCUGGAGCUGGAACUGCUCGAGUGGCAGGAGCGGGAGCUUUUUGAGUACUUUGUGGUGGUGUCCCUCAAGAAGAAGCCAUCUCGAAACACCUACCUCCCUGAAGUCUCCUACCAGUUUCCCAAGCUGGACCGACCCACCAAGCAGAUGCGGGAGGCAGAGGAGAGGCUCAAGGCCAUCCCCCAGUUUUGCUUCCCUGAUGCCAAGGACUGGCUCCCUGUGUCAGAGUACAGCAGUGAGACCUUCUCUUUCAUGCUGACUGGGGAAGACGGCAGCAGGCGCUUCGGCUACUGCAGGCGCUUACUGCCGAGUGGGAAAGGGCCUCGGUUGCCGGAGGUAUACUGUGUCAUCAGCCGCCUUGGCUGCUUCGGCUUGUUUUCCAAGGUCCUAGAUGAGGUGGAGCGCCGGCGUGGGAUCUCUGCCGCCUUGGUCUAUCCCUUCAUGAGAAGUCUCAUGGAGUCGCCCUUCCCUGCCCCAGGGAAGACCAUCAAAGUGAAGACAUUUCUUCCAGGUGCUGGCAAUGAGGUGUUAGAGCUGCGGCGGCCCAUGGAUUCCCGGCUGGAGCACGUGGACUUCGAGUGCCUUUUCACCUGCCUCAGCGUGCGCCAGCUCAUCCGAAUCUUUGCCUCGCUGCUGCUGGAGCGCCGAGUCAUUUUUGUGGCAGAUAAGCUCAGUACCCUCUCCAGCUGCUCCCAUGCCGUGGUAGCCUUGCUCUACCCCUUCUCCUGGCAGCACACCUUCAUUCCUGUCCUUCCGGCCUCCAUGAUUGACAUCGUCUGCUGUCCCACACCCUUCCUGGUUGGCCUGCUCUCCAGCUCCCUCCCCAAACUGAAGGAGCUGCCCGUGGAGGAGGCACUGAUGGUGAAUCUGGGAUCCGACCGAUUCAUCCGACAGAUGGAUGAUGAGGACACGCUGUUACCGAGGAAGCUACAGGCGGCUCUGGAGCAGGCUCUAGAGAGGAAGAACGAACUGAUCUCCCAGGACUCUGACAGCGAUUCCGAUGAUGAAUGUAAUACCCUCAAUGGGCUGGUGUCGGAGGUGUUUAUCCGGUUCUUUGUGGAGACUGUUGGGCACUACUCCCUCUUCCUGACUCAGAGCGAGAAGGGAGAGAGGGCCUUUCAGCGAGAGGCCUUCCGCAAGUCUGUGGCCUCCAAGAGCAUCCGCCGUUUCCUUGAGGUUUUUAUGGAGUCUCAGAUGUUUGCAGGCUUCAUCCAAGACAGGGAGCUAAGAAAGUGUCGGGCAAAGGGCCUGUUUGAGCAGCGAGUGGAACAGUAUUUAGAGGAACUUCCAGACACUGAGCAGAGUGGGAUGAAUAAGUUUCUCCGAGGUUUGGGCAACAAAAUGAAGUUCCUCCACAAGAAGAAUUAAGCCUCUUUUCCAGUAACGGAGUCCAGUGCCUUGCCGAGCCUGGAGCCUGGGGAGGGGGCCGGCUUGGGGCCCUCUGGGCUUCUGUGGCUGCUCUCCCCCCACAGACCCCACCCUCCAAGCCAGCCCACCUCUGCCUUCACGAUAUCCCAGGAUACUGUUUGUAAAUAAUCUGCUGUAAGCUUUCUUAUCUCUUUUUGUAACAAGCAAAGAGAAUCUGGUAAAUAUUUGUAUAUUCCCAAGGGGCUGGGUGCUGGCGACUGGCCAAUUAUGUGCAGCUGACUGUCUCAGCCGAACCACUGAUCUUCCCCUGCAGGCUCCUGGCCUGCCUGCCUGAGGCCCCUGCUGCCAGUCUUGGGCCUGGAGAGCAGAUGCUGUUUUGUUUUGUUUUUUUUUUUAAUCUUAGAGUUUCUAUUUUUUUCUAGUAGUCCCCCUCCCCAACCCUCUGUUUUUGAAAGGCAAAGGCCAAUCAAUCCCCAUUUGCAGCGUGGUACCAGGCUCUCCGGCCUGGCCUUCUCUUGUUUCUCCCACCUUUGUGAUGGUCAGUGAGUCACGGGAAGCCCACCCCCCACCCCCGGCAGUGCCAGUGCUCUCCGGGCCCAGCUCCCAGUCUGUGGUGGCCACGAUGCGGUACAGGGCAUCCCUCCUUCCCACCAUCUACGGGUGUUCUCAAUAAACAGUGUACAGUUGUUUGGGCCCAGAGCCCUACGUGUUCCUUGGCUUCAUUUUCUAGAGUUCUCUCUCCUGGGGGAUGGGCUGAGAUAGGCCAAUCAGGAACGAAACACCAUCAUGCAGGGAACUGAGGACUUCAUUGAGAGUUUAGCGUCAGUGUGAGUCACUUACCUCCCCUGAAAUCAAAUUCUCUGGCUUGAACCAUUAUGACUGGUCUUAGAAGAUACCUUGUCAUUGUUCUUGUUCAGCUUGCCUCUUCAACUGUUCAGACUGUCUUAGUGUUCCCAGUGAUGGAAAGAAUGCUCAGUGCUUCAACUCCACUGUUAGGUGAAUCUUAACAUUUUCCUAUUUAGUAUGAAGCCCUUAAGAUAUCAUUGGGUAUCCUGACACUGGUGGGGUGAAGCUCAGCGAAAGCCAACCCAGGCUUACUCAUAACCCUGGCCCAUUGCCUAUAGCUCUUCUGUCAUUCUGUGACUAGUUUUCUCCUGUUGGAACCCUAGGUUUGCAUGCAGAAACUUCCGCAAUAUUCCAUGGAAAAGCAAGAAGAGAAGCAGGGCGGGGAAUAUGGGUGGCUUAGGCUUUCCACCCAGAGACCGUGAAAAUUUCCAAGUUGAGAUAUGAGGCAGUAAAACGGAACUCUUCACUGGAAUUCAGUUUGGGGCUGGCAGGAUUUGAACCAAGGAGUAGAUCUUUCCUGUCCUUCCACCCUGGCCUACUUAAACAGGAGACAGUCCUAUCCUGAAUUCCCUUCCCUCCUUCUCCCCAUUUCCACUGAGGCCCACGCAGGUCCCAACCUGUCUGGGGUUUGAGGUUGCUAUCUGCCUCCUAAGGUAGAGGGUUUGUCUUCUGGGAAGACAAGGUCGUCUUCUCCUCUGAAAAAGCCUCCUACAUAGUUGGCUUUGGCAUCUUCCAGUAGGGAGGCAGAGAUUGAGGCCUCAUGAAUCUGAGUUUUCAGCUGAGGUAGAGAAGACAGUGCUUAUCACCAGGAAUUCCAAGGUCGGGUGUAGUUACCUCCAGGACUCAUUACUGUUAACCCAGCCUGGGCUUCAUGACAGUCAUAGAAGUAGAGUCCUUAACAAUCAAAUAAUAAUAUUACAGUUUCCAAAAGGUGCUAUUUCUUUCUCCUUUCCUUCUCCCACUCCCCUCUUUUUUAACAUGACUCCAAAGAAUCUUCACAGACAUGUGAUCAGAUCACAAGAGAUAUAGGUAUAAAUUGCUUUUUUUAAAAUAAACUUUGAAACUUUUAUGUAUCUUUAAAAUCUUAAGAUACCUAAGAUUAAUCCUAAGGAUUCCUUCCUCCUACGAUGGCCACAGCUUUCAUCCUAAUUCAGAAAAUCAAUACUGGCACAUAAUGGCUCUGGAUGGGCUGCAAGUGUCCAUACAUUGUAAGUACUAUGGGCAGGGUACAGAAGACUUUGGGGGAAUAUAGAGGAGGGUGUGUCCAGGGGGCCUGGCAUGGGGUUCACAAAAAGUGGUCAGGAUUUCUUUCCAAGUUCUGUUUCACAUGAUUUCUCAACCCCUAAAUAUAUGGUUCUUAACCCUGUCAGAUCCAGCACUCUCCUUUUCUACAGCAAAUACUCUAACUCCCCCCCCCCCCACCAGCUUACUAUCCUGAAAUGAAAUUCAUAGAUAAUGUAACCUAAACACGCCUUAACUUUCAUGUAAAUGGGGAGAAAUAAAAG